AUGAGCAAGGUGGUUGAGUCAUGGUCGGCGGGGCCAUCGACUAUCAAUGCCAUUAAAGUGGAUGGCUCAAGUACAAGUCCUGGAAACCCAUUGAUCAGCCCGAACUCGUUGGUCUCGCGGAGACGAUGGCAAUGCACAAUUUGCAAUAAAAUGCUCUCAUCGAAAAGAAGCUACGAUGAGCAUAUGAAUAUUCACAACAACGUUCGACCACAUCAAUGUCCCGAUUGUCCGUAUGCGGCUGCCUCACAAAUGACGGUGCGGCGACACCGCCUGCGGAAUCACGUCGAAAAGCACAAUUGGGGUUAUCAAUGCCCGUAUUGUCAGGAUAAAUUCAUGGAACCCGCAAGUUACACAAAUCAUGUGGCUGCUCGACAUCCAAAUCGUUCAUGUACUUUCGGGUGCCCAAUCUGCAUGUGGACUUGUCGAUGUGCGAGAUAUUUCAAAGAACAUGUCGAAAAACAUGUUGUUACAAGAGUUUGGCCACAAGGCGACCUUGAAGAACUCUAUGAAGAUCAACUACAGCGGUUUCUCGUUGAUGAUGAAUUCGGAAAUGGAUUUCGAUAUCUUUCCACAAAAGAAUCAGAUGUUCCGAAAAGAAAAGCUGAAAGUUUGGUGACACAAAUCACUCGGAAAGAGGCAUCCGAUUUCUUCAAAGAACCUUUGAAAUUGCCGAAAGGAUCCGAGGAAGCGCUAGCGAAUAUUAAAUUGAGACCGGAGCGUCGGCUCCCCGUUCGAUCCAUAAUCCUCCCUCCACCACCGCCAAUCCAAUUGAUUUCGGGAGACACGGAAUGGGUGGGAACCGAGGUGACAAUAGAAGAUACGGAUAAGACAGGAAGAGGACACAUCUUUCCGAAUGGAUGUGUCGAUGGAUUGGAUCUGGAU